ACGAAUAUGUGCUGUAAACUACUGGUAGCUUAUCUGUUAGUCACAUUUAGAUUUUGUGUGAAAAACCUACCAUAAACACAAUGAGAGGAAGACCACGUGGAGGGGGGAUGGGAAGAGGAUCACCAAGACUUUUUGUUCCCCAUAUUCCAUUUGAUUUUGUGAUGUGCGAACAAGCGUUUCCAAGAGUGAAGCCAGCUCCAAAAGAUGAUGAAUUUACUCAGGCAUUAAUUAAACGAAACCAAGAACUGACCGCAUCCCCACAAGACCAAACUACAGUCUUAGGCCUCAUUACUAAAUGCACUACAGCGUUGGAUUCUUUGGUCAUUCUUCCUUCUACUGAGUUUGAAGUACAGAUUGAAGAAUAUCGUCAGGUUGGUUCUUUCAAGAAAGGUACCAUGAUGAUUGGAAACCUGAUUGCUGAUGUAGCUGUUAUAUUUAAAACACUUCCCACCAAGGAAUCCGUUAAACUAUUGGCUGAUAAGAUUGUGGAAAAUAUGAGAGCCAAUGAAUGCACAGAACCUCUUAUUAUUGAAAUGACUGAAGCUGGUUUCGAAGUAAAGUCCGACAACACAACAGUCAAUGUAUUGAUCGCAACUAUUCCACAAAACAUGAGGAAAUUGGACUCAGCGCUUCAUCUUGAUCAGAAAACAUUACAAGCUUCCCUUGCAGCGAUACGCCAUGUGAGGUGGUUUGAAGAAAAUGCAUUUCAUUCCAGCGUCAAAAUGCUGGUACGACUGCUGAAAGACAUGACGCGUCGUUUUGAAGGAUUCCAGCCAUUGACGCCAUGGAUCAUAGACUUACUUGCCCAUCAUGCUGUAAUGAAUAAUCUUAACAGACAACCACUGCCGAUAAAUGAAGCUUUCAGGCGGGUUCUCCGUUUACUUUCUUCGGGAUUUUUCCUUCCUGGAUCUGCAGGGAUUGUUGACCCAUGCGAAAGUGGAAAUGUCAGGGUCCAUACAGUUAUGACACUGGAACAGCAGGAUAAGGUAUGCUGUACAGCACAAACAUUGCUUCGAAUCCUUGCACACGGUGGUUAUAAACAAAUCCUUGGGAUUGAAGGAAAUGCCUCUGUUGCGACAGAAGUUACCGUAUAUAAUGGGGUGGUCGUCGCACCAAGUGAAAAGGCUUAUGAUAAACCAGAUGAGAAAGAGAAUGAAGAAAAAAUGGAUGUUUCUGAAAACUGAGGAAUGUUUUUCAGAAAUAAAUACAAACAUUGCUGCUAUGUGCUUGUCCAUGUUGUUGAUGGACACUUUCAAUUGUGAAAUGUAUAGUUGCAAAAUUUGACAAAUACUGCUUGUAUACAAAAAAGCAGAAAUCAAAUAAAUGGCCACGCGUAUCAUAAUAAAGUUAUUUGUAAAGACGCAUUGUACAACUU